AUGGAAUAUUCUCCAAAAAACACUUCAGUAUCAGUCAGUCCCUCUGGAGAGAUACUGGAGGGCAGUUCAGUGACUCUGACCUGCAACAACAAAGCCAACCCACCAGUGUACAGAUAUACCUGGUUUAAGAAUGGAGCUGAAAAUUCACAGAGUGGAUCACAGAAGAAUUAUUACACCAUCACUAAUAUCAGAUCUGAAGACAGUGGAAAGUACCGUUGUGUCGCAAGAAAUACGCAUGGAACUGGAACUUCUGAAUUGUAUAGUGUAGAUGUUCAGUAUUCCCCGAAGAACACUUUGGUAUCAAUCAGUCCCUCUGGAGACAUAUUGGAGGGCAGUUUAGUGACUCUGACCUGCAACAGCAAAGCCAACCCAGCAGUGGACACAUACAGCUGGUUUAAGAAUGGAGCUGAAAUCUCACAGAGAGGAUCAAUGCAGGAUUAUGACAUCACUAACAUCACCUCUGAGGACAGCGGAGAGUACUAUUGUGUCGCAACAAAUACACGUGGAACUGGUACCUCUGGAGUAUAUACUGUAAAUGUUCUGUAUUCCCCAAAGGACACUUUGGUAUCAAUCAGUCCCUCUGGAGACAUAGUGGAGGGCAGUUUAGUGACUCUGACCUGCAACAGCAAAGCCAACCCACCUGUGGACACAUAUGCCUGGUUUAAGAAUGGAGCUGAAAUCUCACAGAGAGGAUCACGGCAGAAUUAUAACAUCAGUAUCAUCAGAUCUGAAGACAGUGGAGAGUAUCACUGUGAAGCAAGUAACAAAGUUGGAACUCAAAAGUCUAAUACUGUAAUAUUCAACAUUCAUGGGAACCAGUCAGGGAACCGGUCGGUUGUCAUGUGGACAGUUGGUGGAACGGCAGGCGCGCUGGUUCUUGCAGCUCUUAUUGCUGUUGUGUGGAAGAGAUCAGCAACAAAUGGAUCAGAAGGACAGAAAGAUGAUGGUGUCUAUUCUGACCCCGUCAAUGACACCUACACAAGUCUAGAUAUGAAGACUCUGGAUUCUGAUUAUGACACUCUUAAGACUGUAAGAGGUACGGCCAGUAAAACAAACCCAGAAAAAUGACAUGUAGAAUGGACUCUGUUCUCAGCAAUUACUGUGCUGACUGGACUCAGGAAGAAGAGCAUGUGCUGUUUAUGGCUUUGAUAUAUGACUUAUUCAUGUGUUGCUUGACUCUCACUUUUAUCCAAAGUGGUUUACAAUGCUUAACCUACAUGUCCUUGAGGUAAUGUGUGAGCUGAGGGACAAUGGCACCGUAAAACACGAGCUGGAAUCUUUUGUGGUCCCAAAUUAGUAUAAUCCUUGUUUGUUGCUUCUAAUAGUGUUGAGUCCCUUUGAGAAUAAGUAGUGGCUUCUUUGCUUUAUAAAUGAAUGUGUGUUGUCUUAUGAAAGAUUUGGUGAUUUUGAAAAGAGGGUCCAGGACACUCUAUUCCAUUUACACCUUACCUUCUCUUCUCCUCCUCUUAUAAUUGAUUAAAGGAAACA